UUGCCAGGACGCCGCGUAAACACCGAGCGCCCGCAGCCUGUUGCGCUCCCUGACGCGUCUAGUUGCUGCCUUUGCGGCGGGAGGUGGUGGCCGGGGGAGCCCAACAGGGGUUAUUUUUCGUCAGCCAAGAUGGCUUCCAAAAGGAGAAAUUUGAGCUAUAGUGAAAGGCAUCAGAAAUUAGUAGAUGAAAACUGCAAAAAAUUGCAUGUCCAAGCGCUGAAAAACAUCAGCAGUCAAAUUAGGAAUCAAAUAGUACAGAAUGAAAAUGAUAACCGUGUUGAACGCAAGCAGUUUCUCAGAUUAUUACAAAAUGAACAGUUUGAGUUGGAUAUGGAAGAAGCCAUUCAAAAGGCAGAAGAAAACAAGAGAUUGAAAGAACUCCAGCUUAAACAAGAAGAAAAAUUGGCUAUGGAAUUGGCAAAACUAAAACAUGAAAGUCUGAAGGAUGAAAAGAUGAGGCAACAAGUAAGAGAAAACAGCAUUGAGCUCAGAGAAUUGGAGAAGAAAUUAAAAGCAGCUUAUAUGAAUAAAGAAAGGGCAGCUCAGAUUGCUGAAAAGGAUGCCAUUAAAUAUGAACAAAUGAAACGUGAUGCCAAAAUAGCCAAAAGCAUGAUGGAAGAACACGAGAGAAUAAUAAAGGAAGAGAAUGCUGCAGAAGACAAACGAAACAAAGUGAAAGCACAAUACUGUCUUGACUUAGAGAAACAACUUGAAGAACAAGAGAAAAAAAAGCAGGAAGCUUACGAGCAGUUGCUGAAAGAGAAACUCAUGAUUGAUGAAAUUGUUAGGAAGAUCUAUGAAGAAGAUCAAUUGGAAAAACAACAUAAGUUAGAAAAAACAAAUGCAUUGCGAAGGUAUAUAGAAGAGUUUCAGAAAGAGCAGGCUCUCUGGAGAAAAAAGAAAUGUGAGGAGAUGGAAGAAGAAAACAGAAAAAUCAUAGAGUUUGCUAACAUGCAGCAGCAAAGAGAAGAAGAUCGGAUGGCCAAAGUUCAAGAAAAUGAGGAGAAAAGGCUACAGCUUCAGAAUGCGUUGACACAGAAAUUGGAAGAAAUGCUGCGGCAACGUGAAGAUCUAGAACAAGUGCGACAAGAAUUAUACCAGGAAGAACAAGCUGAAAUAUCUAAGAGGAAGCUAAAAGAAGAAGCAGAAGAGAAACUGAGAAAGCAAAAAGAGAUGAAGCAAGAUUUUGAAGAACAAAUAGCCUUGAAGGAAUUAGUGCUCCAGGCUGCAAAAGAGGAAGAGGAGAACUUCAGAAAAACCAUGCUGGCUAAAUUUGCUGAGGAUGAUCGAAUAGAAUUAAUGAAUGCUCAGAAACAAAGGACAAAGCAGCUGGAACACAGGAGGGCUGUGGAAAAACUUAUUGAAGAGCGUCGCAAACAAUUCCUUGCAGACAAACAACGUGAACUGGAAGAGUGGCAGUUGCAGCAAAGGCGGCAAGGAUUUAUUAAUACAAUUAUUGAAGAAGAAAGACUAAAACUUCUCAAAGAGCAUGCUACAAACUUAUUAGGCUAUCUCCCUAAAGGAGUAUUUAAAAAAGAGGAUGAUAUUGAUCUGCUUGGUGAAGAGUUUAAGAAAGUGUAUCAACAAAGAAGUGAUAUUUGUGAAGAGAAAUGAUAUCAUCAAAAUUGGGUAAAUUUUGUAUGUUACCUAGUUUAUUUCUAUGUCAUCACUAGAUGUCAGCAUAACUUUUGUUUUAUAGUUCAGUGGCAGUACGAAUCCAUUGUGUAUUUGGAUUUUGUAAAUCACUGAAUUUCAUAACUUGUAAAGAAUUAUCAGAUAAAAAUCAAACUGUUAUUUUUGUAUUGAUAAUAGAAUUCUACUGCACAGUGAACUGCCUUCUGUGUUUUGGAACUUAGCUUGAUUUGGCCAGGGAAAUAAAUGUUUGGAAUUUUGUUAUAAAGCACCUUUUUCAUUCUACUGUAAGGGAGGAGAAUUGUAAAUGAAAACAAUGAAGAAUUUUAUUAUCUAAUUGUCACAUUAAGAACUUAGAAAACAAACUCAAAAAGAACAUAAAAGGUCAUAAGAUAGCGACUCAGAAGUUAAAUUCUUGUUGCUUUGUUUUAAAAAAAUUUUCUAAUAAUAACUACAUAUCAGAAUAAUGCAUCAAUUUUGUAUCUCUCAAAUCUAAACAGGGAAUUCUUUGAAUUAUUUUUAUUCUUCAUAAGAAAUGAAGUUCUGGGAUUAUGAAAUUAUUUCAACUUCAUUUCUUAUGAAGAAUAAAAAUAAUUCAAACUAUUACAGUAAGUAACACGGCUAUCCAUCACAUACUGUCAUAGAGACUUACUGAAGUAGAUCACUUAUUUAUCUCCCCAUUCCAUUCAAGUGCUUUCAUAAAUUCCUCCUCAGUGAAAGACAGCAUCUUCGCAGCUUCAAAAUGCAUCUGUUAAUACAAAAUCAGACAAUACUGAUUUUUUAAGAGUAGGUCACCCAACAACAGGAAAUUUGUAAAAAUGUGGGACUAAUAUAUUGUCAGCCUGUAAUUUCUGUUGUAGGAACAUACACUCUUAAUUCCAAUAAGCAUGAUACAUUCAAGAACCAACCGAUAAAAGACUUUGUUCCCAACAGUACUACUGAACCAACUUACUUUUAGGGUAAUUCAGUGACAUUGUAAUACCUGAUCUUUGCAAAGAAGGAAAGUGUCUGUCAGAACUAUGAACAGGAAGCAGUCAGUCCCCUAAGAUAAUAGUCAUUCUUUAGUUUGGUACCUUCUGUAAUUGAGAAGUACCUAUACUGUAUUUUCCAGUCCCAUUUUCUACAAUAAUUUACUUAAAUGAAAAUAUCCACUAGCUUAGAUGACACAUUAUACAUAUGAAAUCUAACAUAUAUAGUGAGAUUUAUACAUAUAAUGCAUUUUUGUAUGAUGUUUGAUGCCUAAAAAUGUCAAAAAUUAAACAUAACUAAAGUAAAAAAUCCUAAUUUUAGUAACAAAGGUACAAAUAGUAUGAUUUAACUUUAAUGACAGACUCACCUUCUGCCUUUUUAAAACAUCAAUUAAUUUUAACUGUUUCUUGAAUCCUAGGAUUAAUUCUCCUUUUUGUUUUUCUAGCUUCUUGUUUUCUGAUUUUAACACUUCAAUUUUUUUGUGGUGUUCAUUUGUUAUGUCCUACAAAAAGAAAAAAAGUGCCAUAUAUUCUUUUUUAAUAUAUAGCCUUUCAAUGGAAAGAAUUAUAGACUAUCACAACAGUAAUAAAAAGUACUUUUUAAAAUUGAAAUAUAAAUUUUUUUGUAGAUAAAAUUGCUUUCCAUUACCAACUUGCUGGAAUCUAAUACUUUUAGUCAUGCUCAGGUCUUUCACAUUUUAAAACGUUUUAAAAAUAAUUCUAAUUCCAGUAACAGCAAAGUAGCUUGUAUUGAACCAACAUAAACUCUGGAAUUAUGAAUUUUAAAAAAUAUAUUUAAAAGCAUAGAUGAGCAAUCAUUAAUAAGUAGAAACUGGAAGUGAUAUGAUUCUUAAAAGAACAGAAAUACUGGUUGAGAUCCACAGUCAACUAGCUUCUCCUGAGAGCACUUUCCAGUUCGUGGGUUCACAGAACUAGAACACAGGCAAAAAGUAGUAGUCUUACUGGACUGAGGAGUCAGAGAGCAGGGCUGGCAGGGUGGCGAUUCCUCAAAGAACCAUUCGACCCAGCAAUCUCAUUCCUGGGAAUAUACCCAGAGGAAUGUAAAUCAUUCUACUAUAAGACACGUGCACACAAAUGUUCACUCCAGCACUAGUCACAAUAGCAAAGACAUGGAAUCAUCUAAAUGCCCCAUCAAUGACAGAUUGGAUUAAGAAAAUUUGGUACACAUACAUCAUGAAAUACUACAUAGCCGUAAAGAAGAACGAGAUCAUGUCUUUCGUGGGAACACGGAUGGAGCUGGAGGCCGUUAUCCUUAGCAAAUGAAGAUAGGAACAGAAGACCAAAUACCACUUCUUUACACAUAUAAGUGGGAGCUAAAUGAUAAGAACUUAUGAAACACAAAGAAGGAGACAACAGACAAUGGGGUCUACUUGAAGUGGACAAGGCAGAAGGAGGGAGAGGAGCAGAAGAGGUAACUAUUGGGUACUGAGCCUAAUACCCAGGUGAUGAAAUGUAUGUAUAACCAACCCGCAUGACAUGUGUUUACCUAGGUAACCUUCACAUGUACCCCCAAGCCCCCAAAAACGAAACAAAAUGGCUGGCUAGAAUAUGGAGAGUCAUCUGUUUCAUGGAAACCAUUUUUCUUUCUACUUUCUUAAUAUGUGAACUAAUACAAUAUAGAGAUCAAAUCUACAACAGUUAGGAAAUCCUGAUACUUAGGUGGCUAUUCUUCUUUUGUUUUCUUCAAAAUCCCUUUAAAAUGCACCAAAUUGGGAGUAAUACUCUAAUAACAUGCUAAUUACUAGUAGGUCUGUAAAGACAACUUCCUAACUUAUUAAUAACUUCUAUUAAUAAAUCCCAUUUAUGCCAUCAUUGAUGGCCCGUGAGUAUGAAAAUGACCUGACCAUGUAACAAACUAUCUGACAGACGACAUCUUAAAACUCUGUAGUCACUAUGCCACAUAUUUGCCUCUCAAACAUGUUACAGGACUUACCAAAGUCAGUUUCAGUCUAUUCCUAUUAAGUGUUAACUUAAUCCAAAAUGUAUUAUCUGUGUAUAUAAUGAAGGUGGUUCCUAAUUUCAUUAUCCAAGUCAUGUUAAAUUAUCAAAUAUUGUCCUAAGUACUAAACAGAGCCCAAUGGAAUACCACUUAUUAUCCUUUUAGGUCAAGAUAGAACCAAAAAGUAACAAGUAUUUAUAGAAUGUACAAACGGCUCUCAUGCACAUUGGCAUUUGAGCCUUCAUUUAUUCAACAGUAUUUAAGGCACAGAAUGCUAAUCUACGCCAAGCAUUGGCUAGACACUGGAGUUACAGUGAUCCUUACAAUAAUUUAUGGAACUUGUUAAAACUGCCAAUUCUCAGACCUCACUCCAGACCUACUGAAUCAGAUUUCCGGGGAUGGGACCCAGCAAUUUGUUUUAACAAGCCCUCCUGGAGAUUCUGACACAUGCUCAAGUUUGAGAACCACUGCCCUGUAAAAUACAGCCUUACUUUAUGUAUUAGAAAACUGAGAUUCAGAGAAUAAAAGACUUGAGAUACAAAAGAUACUUUUUCUAAGAGCUUAGAAAAGUACCUGACAUAACAUGGGCACCUGAUAAAACUGGUUGAAGAAAUGAAUCUUCAAGAGUUGUGCCAUCACCCAUUUAUGGCAACAGACAAGCAUAACACCCUAACAUGUUGGAAAUCUGCAUACUACAGAUGCAUGUAUUUCUUCUGAAAAGGCAAUGUUCAGCAUGACAUCAAGAACUAUAAUUUAAGUAUUAUUCUGACAGGUUCCUAAAAGAACCAGUUACCAAAAGAGAUCACUACAAAAGCUAUUCAAUUUUUCCAUACCUUGUUAUUUUGCCUUAAUUUAUUUAACUCCAGUUUAUACUUUUCUGCUUCUUCUAGAGCUCUAUUCAAGCGAACCUCUGCGGCACUUUGACUACUUGCAGCCUGUUUCUGCAAUCUUCUUUUGUCUUCUAAUUCCUGUAUAGUAAAAAGAUAUAGAACAUUUACAAAUACAUCAUAGGUUCCCCCACUUUAUCAUUCUGCAGUGUUUUCCGCAUCCAUAUUCCUUGCUUUCUCUCAGAUUUACACACAGACACACACGGCCAGCUGGAGGCUGAACACUAAGUGUUAGACGUCUCAAGGAAUUCUCGCCCCAAACUGAUAUUAGAGAAAUAUAUCCUAAAAAACGUAGUUGUGACCUGGGCUUUCAAAUUACGUUUUGUUUGGAAUUUUGUUUAUUGACUCAAGACACAGUAUACCUGUCCUCUAUUUCAUAAACAACUCUUUCUAACUAUAUUUCUUCUUUUGGGAACCUCCCAAAAAGACCAAUGUUAAGACAAACCCUCCGCUGUUUUUCUAUAUACCUGACAAAGUGUAUCAUUUAAGAAUGUAUUCAUCAAGUACACAACAUUCUAUAUAGCUCUAUAGGAAAAUCCCAAUUCUGAGCAGAAACAACAGAUCUUAUAGAUUAUUUUCCACAUCCUGGGAUGAGUUUAGUCUUAUAUUUCUGCAAACAUUCUAGGAUAUUCUGUUCAAAAAGUCAACAGGCCAACACCUGAAGAAACAUGGACAUCGAGGAUAAACUCUGAACUCCACCAUAAUCUUUACCCUGUUAACCAGCCUCAUCUCCUGCCAAAGAUGUUACUUUCAGUAAUAUCGGCAGUACUUGGAUCUCUCCUAAACAGCCAUGGUGUUUCCUGUCUCAGUCUCUGCUCAUGCUUUUCCUCCUAGCUCUGGUCUCUGCCCACUCAUUUUUACCUGGCUAGCACCUACUUACUCAGCUAGGUUUAUACUCUAGGGCAUUAGCUGCUCAGGACCUAUUUCCAUUUUAAUCCUCACUAUCCACCCAGAUUCUAUUAAGUACCCUCUUCAGAACUUCUGUAGCACCUUUAGACACAUUUAUCAUCAUAUCUGCUAUGUGGUAUUGAAACUAUUUCUUAACUUUAUUUCCCCCAUUGUAGUGUAAGCUCCUUGAAGAAAAGAGCUGUCUUAAUUUCUGCGUAUCGGAAACACUUCAGUGGCAUAUAAAAGACACUAACAACAUGUUAAUUAAACUGAACUUAUUUUGUAAUACUAAACCCACUCUCCUUUAUAUCCUCUACAAUGUAAGGCCUAGUCCAGAGUCUUAUUCAAUAAAUUGAGCAGACACUCAAAAAACAUGGUACAAUAAAAACGAUACAGUUAAAAUACA